AUGUCAGAUCACCUUAGGGUGUUCCGCAACCUGGUGGAGCCGCUCUGGGACGGCGCGGGCACGGACGAGAACCCGUUCACGGGCGCGCAAAUGCCGGCCUUCUUGCCACUCCUCCGGCAGGCCGCGGGCCCCGACGCCGACACGCGCUGGUUCGAGCAGGCCUGGGACGCCUGGCACGUGCCGGGCGCCAAGGCCCGCACGGCGCGGCGGGCGCUGCCGCCGCACCUCGCGCGCAUGCCGCAGGUCUACCUCGCCUUCGACCUGCACGGCGGCCGGCGCGCGCUCAAGUCGUACCACUUCCCCACCACCAAGCACCUGGCCACGGGCCGGCCGACCGAGGACCUGGCCUACGACCUAUCCGGCACCUCGAGCCCGGCGGCGAGGCUCUGGCCCGGUCGACGGAUGCCGGUCGAGAUGCUGGCCAUCGACAACGUCGACCCGGCGGACGGGUCGGUGCGCGUCAAGAUCUACGCGCGCACGCCGUCCAACUGCAAGGACGCGCUGCGCGACGGCCUGACCCUGGGCGGGGCGCAGACGGACGCGGCCACGCUGGCGGCCGUCGAGCACGCCGAGCGGUUCUGGCACCUGGUGCUGGACGACCGAGGAAAAGUCGCGAGCGUGGCGGAGGGACUGCGGCGGCUAAUGCCGGCUUUGGUCGUCCCGGAGGUCUUACUGCUUUCUGGCCAGCAGUCUUCUUAUGCUUUUCGUCGUCGUAGGACGGCGGAAGCCGAAGGGUGA